GUGCUGGGUCGUUGCGCUUCGCCGCACGGCAGGAUGGUGGAUUUCGUGGUCGCUCGAACCUCGGAUGGCUUUUUCUCGAAAGAGAGUGCUAGAGCAGUGGCAGAAAAGAGCCGGCAUGCUGUGUGGUGGGCCUCGCCCGUGCACAGGAAAGAGAGAGAGAGAGAGAGUGAGAAGAGUUCUGGGAGCUGUUUGGCAGCGUUCAUUGGUUUGUUGUUUUUCUCGUGUUUGUGUUGUUUUUUUCUGCUCUGCUCUUCUGUUCGAUGUUUGUUUUCUUCGACACUGCCCGUUCCGCGCCCUUCCUGCUUCCUCCCUGCUGAGCCCACAGACUGCCGAGGCUGGGCAAAUGAUGGCCCGGGCCACGGUCGAGCUGGUUAGAUCGCGCGUAUCCUGCGUACGGUGCGGAGUGUGUGACGACGCUCGCUUUGCUCGCAUUGAUCGAAGCAUUGGCCCCUUGCCAGCAUCCCUACAGUGUAGUGUACCGUUGACUAUUGGACUGGAGUGUUUGCUAGUGUGACCUGCACUGUGACGUUUUGUGCCACGAGUGUGUGUGUGUGUGCAGUGUUCCGUGGCGUUGUUUUUUUCCGUGCGUAACCGAAACGAGUAGCGAGCAGAAAGUAGCCAGCAAACAGUCAACCAGCAAUCAAGUGACCGUGCCAGGGUGCCCUCAGUGGUGGUUGAUCUGCCCUCUGUCCACUCUCAACCCCCCCCCCCCCCCCCCCCGCUCCCCGGCACCUUCCAGAAGCCAGGCCAACAUGUUGAACGUGUGCGCGGACCUGGUGCAGUUCGACCAGUACAGCCUGCAGCUGUACAACUACGCGAUGGUGGAGCGGUUCCGCUCGAACCAGUUCUUCAACUACGGCAACUUUGUCGCGGACACGCGCACCCUAUCCCGGUUCUUCAAGCCCGCCCUGCCCCCGAACCCGGUCGAUGCGGCGACGGCGGCGGCGGCCGCCGCAGCAGCAGCCGCGGCCGGCAGCGCCCUGCUGGCCGACGCCAGCAAGCUCUCCUCCCAGGCGCCGAAGCCCCAGUACAGCUACAUCGGGCUGAUCGCGAUCGCCAUCCUCAGCUCGCCGGAGAAGAAGCUCGUGCUGUCCGACAUCUACCAGCACAUCCUGGACAACUACUCGUACUUCCGCAGCCGGGGCCCCGGCUGGCGCAACUCCAUCCGCCACAAUCUGUCGCUGAACGACUGCUUCAUCAAGGCGGGCCGGAGCGCCCACGGCAAGGGCCACUACUGGGCGGUCCAUCCGGCGAACGUGGAGGACUUCCUCAAGGGGGACUUCCGGCGCCGGAAGGCCCAGCGGAAGGUGCGCCGCCACAUGGGCCUCACGUCCGACGACGACAUCUACGACAACAGCAGCCCGCGCCAGUUCUUUCCCGCGAUCAACUCACCGCCGGCGGCGGCAGGGCAGCAGGGCGUUCAUGGGGGUCAGCCCCCGUCGGCCGGCACCGUGCUGCCGCCCCACCCGGUGCUGACCAAUCCCGCGCUCUAUCUCGGGCCGGGCUCGACCGCCUCGGCGACGGCAACGUCGGCGGCAGCCGCCGCUGCUGCAGCUGCAGCGGCUGCUGCGGCGGCCGCAGCCGCCGCCAGCUCGAGCACGGCCGCAGCAGCCGCCGCAGCCGUCGGGAGCGGUGGUGGCGGCGGCGGCGGCGGAGGAGUCGGCGGAGCAGGCCAGCCUCCGGCCGGUAAACUCUCCCUCAUCGGGGACGGCGGCCCGGUCGAGCACCAUCUGCACCAUCAGCACCAGCAAGCCGCCGCCCUCCUGCAUCACCAUCACCAGCAGCAGCAGCAGCAUCUCCAUCAGCACCAUCAUCAACAUCAACACCAUCACCAUCACCAUCACCACCAUCAUCAAACAACGGCCGCGGCCAUCAUCAUGCGCAACACGAUGGAAAGCUUCUCCCGCAAGCGCCAGUUCGAUGUGGAGUCGCUGCUCCGCCCGGACGACGGUGCGGACGACCGGGAACCGUACGAGCUGCGGCGGCCCCGGCUCUGUUCGCCCGCCAGCUCCAGCCAGAGCCCGUCGCCGCUGCCCGCGUACACCGGCCAGGGGGGGCUGGUGAUGGGUGGGCCGCCGCUGCCGCCGCCAAAGACGAGCCCGGCACAGACGCAGCCGCCGCACGGCGCCAAAACACCCCAGCAGUAAAGCGAUCGUGAGAGUAAGAUAAGCAGAGAACAGAGAGAGAGAGAGAGAGAGAGAGAGAGAGAGAGAGAGUAAGGUAGAGAGGUAGAAAGAGAGAGAGAGAGAAAGAGAGAGAAAACAUUUAUCGAGGAUCUCAAGUAGAAGUUCCUUUAAAUCCCCAUCUAAACCUCACUGUGUACAUUCCUAUUCCUUCAUAUCCUCUGCGCGAGCUGCACGUACGCUUGGUGCCGUGACCAGGAUCACCAGCGUUUACCAGCCGCCCCAUACACGGGGUGCAUCGUGCAGCUUCUUUUUCCUCCUCUUUCUAAACCAUCUCGCCAUCGUUCUUCUUCCGCUUUCCCACUUUUCACCCCCCCCCCCCUCCCCUCCGCUCCAGCCGUUUCGUAAAACAAAAGCCAAACUAACUAGAGGAAGAAGCAGCCUACGUACGUACGUAAAUAUUAUAAAUGUAUAUUAAAGUACGCGCGCACCUACGCACGCGAUUAUUGAAUGUGACUGUUAGCCAUUGAUGUGAAACGAUCCGCAAACCGUGCGAGGAUGGUGUGUGCGAGGGUUUUAACGUGUAAAAGGAUCAUCCCUUUUUCCCGCCCGAGUCGUUCGGGAUUAUAAAGUAUAUCAAACAAUUAGAGUAUCAUCCGACCGAAUACGAAUCAACCAACUAUCGGUUUUUGUAAGCGGAUUUCCUUCCCUUCUUGGCCAACUCGGCCUCUUUUCUUACCCACUACGCUUCCCGUCUCGUACGCUGCGCCUAUCAUGCCCGUAAGCCGUGCCUCCUGGGAAAAAAGCUGGGGAACGAACGGUUUCCAUAGCACGAAUGCUAAGGUGUUCCUUCCGUGCGGAAAUUAAUUUCGAUAUCAAAGGAAGGAUUAAAUGGCCCGCCCGGUAGGCGGCCUGCCGUGAGCUGCUGCUGCGGUUUUGGUUGAUUAAUUUUUUUCCCCUGCUCCCGUGCUCCCGUGGGAUGCACCCCGAGGGGUGUAUGGCUUCCUUUUGUGCGCUCGCUGCCACCCAAAAAUGGAACACGGCAGCGUCCUCUUUUCCCAGCUUUUUUUUUCAUUCCUACCCACUCCCCAGCAACCAGUAAGGAUGGUCCUAACACGGGGAUAAUUCCCACCCACUCACUCCUACCCCUCGCUAGAGCCUAGUAGCCGCCCAGUGUUAGUGUUCUGUGCCGAAAUGUGUCGAUGUGCAUCUUCCGUUUCCUUUAUUCCAUUCCGCUUCCCGUGUCGUUCGUUCAGGGUUUUUAGAUUUUACGUUUUGUCAAAGAAAAACAAUCACCUCUCUCUCGCUGUAUGUACUAUGCUACGCGGGCGAGACACCGCAUUGACCGUUUGUUACAGUGACGCCAGUAAAAUGGGAUAGGGACGAUCGGGGCAUGCGGCUAGAUUCAUCGAAAAGUCGAAAGCAAAAUAUUAUUACCUUUAUCCUUCUCCAAACAAACAAACCUGUGCACAGCGUUAGUGUUUUCUUUCCUCUUUAUUAGCUUUUAUAUUCAUUGGUGAAUGUAUGUAUGUGUGUGUGUGAGUGUUGUUUGUGUGUGAGUGUCUGAUCAUGGGUGCGUGUGACUGUGUGAUAUAUUGAUACUAAAAUAUCCGAAAGAUUCGUAUCUAAUUUCAUCUUUUUAUUUUUGAAAUUUGGAAACUUUUCAUCCAAUUCAUUGAAACGUCGGUAAGUAGUGUGUGACAUGCUAGAGGCAUCAGAUUCUUCCAAGCUACCAGCUCUCGGCGGAACAGACCUCUCCGGAUGGGGGCUCCAAAACAUGGCUCCAGACUUCCGGACCCGGUGCCAUUGCAAAGGAAAGUGACAAACAAAACAAUACGUUAGAUAGUGCAAACGUGUGAAUGUUCUGCUGGAAGAUCUAAGCGAUCCUCGAUGACUCUUGAAGUCAUCUGGUCAUCUGGAUCUCGGGC